AUGGCAACUGCAGCCCCCAGACAAUUGGGCAUCACUCCGCCUUUAUCUACCGCGCUCCCAACAGAUGCUGAGAAGCAAGCAACUGAUGCGCUGAUCGAAGAAAUGACAAAAGAGAAUCUUUUUGAAAGCCGCGCUGAUACCGAAAAAAGAUCCGCCGUCCUUGCUUCUUUACAAUCCAUCACCGAAGAGUUUGUGAAACGUGUUUGCAGAAAGCAAAACCUACCGGAGAAUAUCGUCAAUAGUGCCGGCGGCAGAAUCUUUACAUAUGGCAGUUUUCGACUUGGUGUAUAUGGACCUGGCUCUGAUAUCGAUACUCUGGUCGUCGUACCAAAAAACGUUUCCCGCGAAGAAUAUUUCGAACUUUUUCCAGAUCUUCUCGUUGAAAUGGCGCCAGAGGGAGCUAUUGAAGACCUAACGCCUGUUCCAGAAGCCUUCGUCCCAAUUAUUAAGUUUGAAUAUUCAGGCAUCAGCAUCGAUUUGAUCUUUGCGCGCAUCGAAGUACUUUCUCAAAUUUCAAGGUCCCUAAGCUUGAACGAUGACAACUUAUUAGCCGGCUUGGAUGAAGCUGGUUUACGCUCUCUAAAUGGAACGCGAGUUACCGAUGAUAUUUUGAAUUUGGUACCGGAAAAGGCAGUAUUUAGAACUGCUCUGAGGGGAGUUAAACUUUGGGCGCAGAGACGAGCUAUCUAUGCCAACAUUAUGGGUUUUCCUGGAGGUGUCGCCUGGGCUAUGCUGGUGGCUAGAGUAUGUCAAUUAUAUCCACAAGCAACUGCUUCUACAGUCAUCCUCAAAUUUUUCCGUAUCAUGUCUCAGUGGCAGUGGCCGCAACCAGUCUUACUGCAGGCAAUUAAAGGUGGUAAGCUUAAUGUUCGUGUCUGGAACCCUAGAGUUUAUAAAGGCGACGGUUACCAUCUCAUGCCAAUUAUUACUCCUUCAUACCCCUCCAUGUGCGCUACUCACAAUAUAACAAAAUCAACCAAAGAGAUCAUCUGCCGGGAACUUGCUCGCGGAGGAAAUAUCACGGAUAGAAUUAUGAUGGGCAAGGCAUCUUGGAAAGACUUAUUCGUCAAACACACAUUUUUCACCAAAAACUACAAAUACUACCUCUCCGUCAUUUCCGCCAGUACUACAAAGGAGGCUCAACUUAUAUGGGCUGGUUUGGUUGAAUCAAAAGUUAGACUUUUAGUUGCUAACGUAGAAAACCACGAAUCAAUUGCGCUGGCACAUCCAUUCAACAAGGGAUUCGAACGAGUUCACAAAUGCAGUUCCGAGGACGAGAUCGAAUCGGUAAAAGAGGGCAAUCUACAAUACCAGAUCAAAGAAAUCCCAGCUGUGACUACGGACCCAUCCCAUGAUACAGAUUUAGGAAUUGCGGUAAAGGACCAGACUGGGGAAGUCAGGGAUCAGAAUGGAGAUGCACCAAAAUCCGAACCUGAGAAAAAGGAAUCAUUGGUUUACACAACAACACAUUAUAUCGGCCUCGAGCUUCGCGAAGGCGCUAAAUCGCUCGACCUUGCAUGGUGUGUUGAUGAGUUCAAGCGAGUGUGUAGAGGUUGGGAGAAGUAUAACGAAGAGCUUAAUACUUUAUCUGUCGUUAACACUCGAAACUGCGACCUUCCAGACGACGUCUUUACUGAAGGCGAGGUCAAGCCAACUCGUUCUCAAAAGAAAAAGAAGCGUUCUUCAGCAGAUGACGUUGAGAAUGCAUCCACAAAGAGACGGCAGAGAAAGAGAGCCGCUGGAAAAACUGCCUUUCAAAUCCUUGGAAGACCAGUGAGAAGAUUCUUCGGUGGCGGUUCUAAAGACAAUGCGACGGCUUCUCAAAAGCUGAACCCAUCAUCUAAUUCGAUGUCUGGCUAUGUCGCAGAUGGAUAUGGGGAGGAUAAAAAACGAGGGGGAAAGAGGGGGAAAUUGGCUGGGUAUUUGAAAGCCGCAAACGAACUUCGUCAAUCGUAUCAACAAUCAUACUCUGAGAAAUGGGGCGGGGGUAGUGGACUAGAUGAUGAUGAACAUGGAAUACCAGGUUCAUUUCCGGAUGUAUCUAUUGUUUCUCACGGCGAUGAGCAAAUGAUAUUAUUUCCAUCAUAUGCGCGGAGACAUACCAAGGAGAAACCAUUUUUUGAAAAUGCCAACAUGAAUCCUAAAUUGAACGAACCCGGAGAUGCGGAAUAUUGGUCGAGGGAAUGGCAAAAAUAUGAGGAUGAUAGGGCUAUAGUUGAUGUGGAUGUUAGAGGAUGGCUUUACUCUCCUCAUAGAGGACCUAUGACAAGAAAGAACAGGUUGCUCAUUGGUCUUGCACGCCAGUUGAGUGGGAUACCUGCACCAAAAUCUGGUUCUCGAGAGACCAGUCCGGAUUCAAAUUCAUUAAGAGCAAAACAUAGAGAACUCGAACAGAGGCGUGAUGAGGAGAAGAUUGCUCGAGAAGCAGAACAAAUAUUGAAAAAGGGUCGAGGGGAGGAGGAGGCAGCACUACGGGGUGACUAUAGUGAAAAGCCAAAACGGGAAUCGGAUGGUGAUAGUAUCUAUAGUGAACGCGGUAGGCAGCGGGGUGGUAGUUCACGCGUAUCACCAGAGUCAUCACCUGCUCCAAGUCGUCUAACAAAACGUGCAUCAUGGAAUCAACCAUCCGAGAUGACCCAAGCGGAACUAUUAACAGCAAAUGCACAUUUGAUGGCACGAUUAAGACCAUUCCUUACGAAUCCAAAGGUUGAAACAGCGAUUACAGUUUUCUUCUACGAUGAAAAGAAUUCUUCAUCGCGAACCAUAGAAACAAACGAAGCAGGCCAUUUCAUCAUGCGAGCCGCUUUAGAAUUUGUUCCCACACAUGUUAGAGUGCUUGCUUCAGAAAACCUUUCAGCGAUUGAAGAAGUCAAAAUUACUGAACCAAAAGGAGUCAGCCUUAUUACUGAUGUUGAUGAUACAAUCAAGCACUCUUCAAUUGGUGCAGGAUCAAGAGAGAUUUUCCGAAAUGUCUUCAUUCGUGAAUUUGCUGAUCUCACAAUCGAAGGUGUCAGGGAAUGGUAUAAUACAAUGUAUGAUAUGGGUGUUGGGGUACACUAUGUAUCCAAUUCACCUUGGCAAUUGUUUCCAGUCUUAGUGAGCUUUUUCAGAAAAGCAGGGCUACCACCUGGAUCUUAUCACCUAAAGCAAUACAGCGGAAUGCUUCAGGGUAUUUUUGAACCUGUUGCGGAAAGAAAGAAGGGUACCCUUGAGAAGAUCAUGCGAGAUUUUUCAGAAAGGAAAUUCAUUUUGAUUGGAGAUAGUGGAGAAGCAGAUUUAGAAGUCUAUACCGAUGUCGUUUUAGCAAAUCCGGGGAAAAUCCUGGGUAUCUUUAUCAGAGAUGUCACAACACCUGAAGAUAUAGGUUUCUUUGAUCCUGCAUUGGGCCCACUCAGUGGAGACCGUCGAAGGUUUGAACCUCAAUCUCGAACGCAAUCUCGGACGCAAUCCAUUGAUAGCAGGAGGUCAUCUACAUUUAGUAAAUCUGAGCUAUCAGAGAAACGACCAUCUUUGCCUCCCAGAGUUCCCUCGGAAACUAAACUCCAGACCAGUAAUGGCCCAACCAUGGGAACACUUAUUGAUUUCGGAGAUGAGCCUGAAAAUGAGCCAAUACAUAAAUCUCAUAGGCAAGUGAUGCCUCGAUCUAUGUCAGAGAUGGGAGUACCAAAUGUUCCACGACGAAAAUCCGCCAAUGAUGGGAAAGCUCCUCCACCUCGACCUUCUAAGCCAUUAUCCCUUCGUGGAGCAAGUACAAUCACAAUGGUUCCACCCGAAUCAUCCGAACUCCCAAAGCAAAACACUCCACCACCACCACCCAAACCUCGUCGUUCAGGUGCUAUACAUGGAAGUGUAAAUAAUCAUCCAUUGAAGCAGGCACAAAGUAGUGCAGAGUUAUCAGAAUCGUCGAGUGAAGGUUACAUAUCUAGUGCUCGUCAUAAAGUUGCAGAGACCUAUAACAAUCUUCCAGAAAUGAGAUCUUAUCUACCAAGCAUGGGUGAAUCGAAUCCGAGGCCCCAAUCUACAUUCGACCCAUCAUACAGUCCAUCAUCCAACAAUGGACCACCGCCUCUCCCACGUCGAAAAUCUACCAUUAAUUCUUCAAUCUCCAGCUCCCCUGACUCAUCAGACGAUGAAUUUCACCGAACAUCCAAUGGAGCACCAGCAAACAAAAAAUUCGAUCUCUGGAGACGUCGUUGGAAACGCGCAAAAGAUAUUCUUGAUGGACAAGGUGUGGAACUUAGAGCUUGGAGGAACGGUGGUGAUGUGUGUAUAGAGGCUGUACAUAUGGUUGAACAAGCUAUGCGGGAGAUGGGGGUAGAAGGAUAUGGAAAUGGGAAGGGAAAGACUGGGAGAGGAGGUGGAGAGAUUAAGGUUAAGGAUUUGAAGAGGUAG